CGUCAUGGCUCGACUACUCUGGCCUGUGACAGUCACUUACCGUCAUGGCGACAGUGGAGGUUCCACCACAACCACAACUUGCUCCUGUUAGAGCAACAAACAGCGUCCCACCUGAAGGAUACGAGAAGAAGUGUAUCUUCUGCAGGAUCGCAAAUAAUGAAAUUGGCACGGAACUUCUUCAUUGCGAUGAGGAACUCUCAUGCUUCCAAGACAUCAAACCUGGAGCUCCCCACCAUUAUCUGGUCAUCCCAAACUCACACGUUGGCAAUUGUAAAUCACUCAGCAAAGAACACAUACCUUUGGUGCAAAGGAUGGUUGAGAGAGGGAAGGAGCUCCUGCAGGGAAAAAAUGUGACAGAUAUGAGUGAUGUCAGGUUUGGUUUCCAUUGGCCACCAUUCUCUUCUGUCACACACCUCCACCUUCAUGUUUUGGCACCUGCUAGUCAAAUGAGCUUCAUGUCACGCCUUAUUUACAGAAACAAUUCCUAUUGGUUCAUCACGGCAGACCAGCUGAUUGAACUUCUUAACUCUAAAGGAGAGACCAGUUAAUCACUUAAUCUGGAUCCAGACCCUCUGAUGCCACACUUUGAACUUGAAAGUGAAGUUCUUUCCGUGUACUUUGAAACAUAAACACUUGCUACGAUGCUAAGCUCUUUAUUUUUCAUUUUAUAGUAUAAUUGAUGUUUAUCGCUAACACCACAAUAGAAAAAUUAACUGGGCUAAACUAUAGAUCAUAUCAUUAAGAAGCCUUUAAAAAAAA